AGCUCUGUGACAAAGCAUAGAUACGUAUCUACGGAGGAGAUUGAAAGCAGUACAGGAGGCAGGUGGCAGCUGGACUAAGAGCUCUAUUAAACGCCAGAUCCCCUCCUCCAUUGCACACUCUGGGCAUUCUGGCAAUCAAAAGUCGCGCUCUCUGUCGAUGCGGGAGCGACGACAGCUGGACUGCAGUCCCAUACCACGUAGUCAAUCGGGCGCCUCUCCCGUUUCCAUUUCGGGAUCCACAGCCACCGCUGGCGGAAUGGCCUCCCAUCCGCAUGUGAAUCUGCUGCACGCGGCCGAGCCGCAUUACUACAAUGCCCAGGGAGCCGUCUACUACACCAGCUACCACGGCUCCCCGCACGACCUGAGCUACGCCAGCUCCGCGGACGUCUCGCUGAACGCCUCGUGGGUGAACGCCAGCGGGCACAGCCCCCACACGCCCUACUACUCGGCGGCACAGAUCUACAUGCGCCCCAAGGGCGGCAGCACCACGCCCACUCCCAGCUGCAGCGGCAGCACGGGCAGCGGCAGCGGCAGUGGCAGCGGCAGCUGCAAGAAGGUUCCGCCGGAGGUGCCCAAGCGCACCUCUUCGAUCACGGCACAGCAGCAGAGCCAGCUGCUGCUGCUGCAGCGCCAGACACCGCCGCCCCCGUCGCUGCUGCGGACCAACGGGCUCUGCAAGACGGCGGAGAACGGCAGCCUGACCUCCGUCCAGAGUUCCGGCUCAGACUCGAGCGUCACCUCGGCGGAGCGGAACAUGAACAGCGACCUCGGAUCGGACCGCAGCAACUCCCCCCACACGUGGAAGCGUGGCACGGCCCUGAACAGCUCCCAGCAGUUCUCCACGCACUCGGCCGACUCGGUAUCGGUCUCGGUGCCCAGCGGAGGUGGAGGUGGAGCCGUUGUGGUCUCCGGAGCAGCCAUAGCUGCUGCUGGGCCCGGAGCUUAUGCCGCACAGAUGCAGGCGGCCGUGGCAGCGGCCACAGCGGCGGGCGGAGUACCGCCGACGGACGAUCAUGCCGUCUCGUCGCACACCAGCGCCGCGCAGUACGAGCAGCACGAACAGCAGCAGCACGAGCAGCAGCAGCUGCAGGCAGCGGCCUCCGCCGCGGGCGUGGCCCAGAACUACAAGAUGUCGGAGACCAUACGCAAGCGGCAGUACCGCGUGGGCCUCAAUCUGUUCAACAAGAAGCCGGAGAAGGGCAUCACCUAUCUCAUCCGCAGGGGCUUCCUCGAGAACACGCCACAGGGCGUGGCUCGUUUCCUGAUCACGCGCAAGGGCCUCUCCCGCCAGAUGAUCGGCGAGUAUCUGGGCAAUCUGCAGAACCAGUUCAACAUGGCCGUGCUCAGCUGCUUCGCCAUGGAGCUGGACCUGUCCGGCCGCCAGGUGGACGUGGCCCUGCGCAAGUUCCAGGCCUACUUCCGGAUGCCCGGGGAGGCGCAGAAGAUUGAGCGGCUGAUGGAGAUCUUCUCGCAGCGCUACUGCGAGUGCAAUGCGGACAUUGUGGGGCGCCUAAGAUCAUCCGAUACGGUUCGCCUACUAAUCCGAUUUAUAUUUGCGCUGCUGCAGCGCCAGACACCGCCGCCCCCGUCGCUGCUGCGGACCAACGGGCUCUGCAAGACGGCGGAGAACGGCAGCCUGACCUCCGUCCAGAGUUCCGGCUCAGACUCGAGCGUCACCUCGGCGGAGCGGAACAUGAACAGCGACCUCGGAUCGGACCGCAGCAACUCCCCCCACACGUGGAAGCGUGGCACGGCCCUGAACAGCUCCCAGCAGUUCUCCACGCACUCGGCCGACUCGGUAUCGGUCUCGGUGCCCAGCGGAGGUGGAGGUGGAGCCGUUGUGGUCUCCGGAGCAGCCAUAGCUGCUGCUGGGCCCGGAGCUUAUGCCGCACAGAUGCAGGCGGCCGUGGCAGCGGCCACAGCGGCGGGCGGAGUACCGCCGACGGACGAUCAUGCCGUCUCGUCGCACACCAGCGCCGCGCAGUACGAGCAGCACGAACAGCAGCAGCACGAGCAGCAGCAGCUGCAGGCAGCGGCCUCCGCCGCGGGCGUGGCCCAGAACUACAAGAUGUCGGAGACCAUACGCAAGCGGCAGUACCGCGUGGGCCUCAAUCUGUUCAACAAGAAGCCGGAGAAGGGCAUCACCUAUCUCAUCCGCAGGGGCUUCCUCGAGAACACGCCACAGGGCGUGGCUCGUUUCCUGAUCACGCGCAAGGGCCUCUCCCGCCAGAUGAUCGGCGAGUAUCUGGGCAAUCUGCAGAACCAGUUCAACAUGGCCGUGCUCAGCUGCUUCGCCAUGGAGCUGGACCUGUCCGGCCGCCAGGUGGACGUGGCCCUGCGCAAGUUCCAGGCCUACUUCCGGAUGCCCGGGGAGGCGCAGAAGAUUGAGCGGCUGAUGGAGAUCUUCUCGCAGCGCUACUGCGAGUGCAAUGCGGACAUUGUGGGGCGCCUAAGAUCAUCCGAUACGAUCUUUGUGCUGGCAUUUGCCAUCAUUAUGCUCAAUACGGAUCUGCACACGCCCAAUCUGAAGCCGGAAAGGCGCAUGCGCGUCGAGGACUUCAUCAAGAAUCUGCGAGGCAUCGACGAUUGCCACGACAUUGACAAGGACAUGCUGAGCGGCAUCUAUGAGCGCGUCAAGUCGGACGAGUUCAAGCCGGGCAGCGACCACGUCACCCAGGUGAUGAAGGUGCAGGCCACCAUUGUCGGCAAGAAGCCGAAUCUGGCGCUGCCCCACCGGCGGCUGGUCUGCUAUUGCCGCCUGUACGAGAUACCCGACGUGAACAAGAAGGAGCGGCCGGGCGUCCACCAGCGCGAGGUGUUCCUCUUCAACGACCUGCUGGUCAUCACCAAGAUAUUCAGCAAGAAGAAGACCUCCGUGACGUACACGUUCCGCAACAGCUUCCCGCUCUGCGGCACGGUGGUGACCCUGCUGGACAUGCCCAACUAUCCGUUCUGCAUCCAGCUGUCGCAGAAGGUCGACGGUAAGAUCCUGAUCACCUUCAAUGCCCGCAACGAGCACGACCGCUGCAAGUUUGCCGAGGAUCUCAAGGAGUCCA